GAACCAGAACACCAAGGUCAGUGUCUGACAUAAUCCCUGAGCCGGGCCAUCCCUGCUCCCUCACCUGAACUGAGCAGGUAAAGCCUCUUGGCUCGGCCUCUGGCAGCAGAACUCCUCGGCAGGACGGCCUGAUCUCAUUAAGGGUUUAUUUUAGGUGCUUCCUUGGUUUUCCUCCAUGAAACUAAGAGGGUUAGAGACUCCGGAGUUCUGCUCUCUGCCCUGCAGAGUCACUGCAGCCUGGAUGUUGUCUGGUUCCUGCUGCUGAAGCCCGGUGGCCUCGCUGCAGACGCUGCAGACGCUGCGGAUAUUUAACUUUUGACUGUUUCAUUGACUUUCUUCCUCUGCGUCCUCGGAUCAACACCUGCAGUUCUGUUUCUGGUCUCCUCUCUUUUCCUGCGACCCUCUCCUCCUCUCCUCCAGCCUCCAUCCUCUCCUUCAGUCGGAGGAGGAUCCCUCGUUCUUCCUCUCUCUGCCUCGGUGCACCUGUCGGACCGCACCGAUGGGGAACCACGGCUCGAACCUGGACGACAUCCUGGCGGAGGACAUGCAUCACUGGUACAACAAGUUCAUGCGAGAGUCUCCGUCGGGCCUCAUCACGCUGUUCGAGCUGAAGGCCAUCCUGGGCCUGAAGGGCAUGAGCGAGAACGCCAACAGCUACGUGGAGCAGGUCUUCUUCACCUUCGACAUGGACGGGGACGGGUACAUCGACUUUGUGGAGUACAUCGCAGCCAUCAGCCUGAUGCUGAAAGGAGAAAUCAACCAGAAACUAAAGUGGUACUUCAAACUGUUCGACCAGGACGGCAACGGAAAGAUCGACAGGGAGGAGCUGGAGACCAUCUUCUCGGCCAUCCAGGACAUCACCCGCAACAGAGACAUCGACCCCGAGGAGAUCGUCUCGCUCAUAUUUGAGAGGAUCGAUGUGAAGGGAGAAGGUGAGAUGACCCUGGAGGAGUUCAUCGAAGGAGCCAAAGAUCACGAAGACAUCAUGGACAUGCUGAAGAAAAUGAUGGACCUGACGCCGGUGUUAGUCAUCAUCGUGGAGGGCCGGGAGGGCUGAGAGCGCAGCGUCCCAACAAGACUUUCAUUAUUUAAAAUUAUAAUAAUAAUCAGUCCCCUUCAAAAAGAGAAAAGACUUGACCACUCUGACGUCUCCUGGAAGACACCCGACGUGUUGCUGUCAGAGCGAGACACUUUGUGAUGGACUGUGAUUGGUCGUCCAGCCUCCAGGUGUCCCGUCGCUCCGCUCCUCCUCGUCUCAGGCCGAAAAACAAACUCGUUUCUGACAAAGAUGUCUGAACGCUUUGAUGAUUCUGUUUUCCAGCAGCGACCUUCAUCCUCCGACAAGAUCCACCGUCACAAAUCAUCCAAAACUUUCCAGAAAUGUUCAAACUCAGAGCGUCAUCUUGAAUUUUAGUCAUGAUUCCAGAUGUGUCCACGCUCUGAACACCUUUCAUUACCUGCUGAGGUCCGUCUGUAGCAGACUGUGCUGCUCGUUUCUCCCAUUAAUAUUCUUUUCUGAUUCCAUUUCUUGACUGAAUGUUAUUUAGAAAAAAGUUUCAGUGCAUUUGUUUCUGUUCAGACGUUCAAACAUUCUGUCGAAAAAACGUGUUUAUAUUAUUCAAAGUGACGGAUUCAAACUGUGGCAUCAGCCUCCAGCACGAGGACCGAAAACACAACACCAGGGUGACGAAACUGAGGAACCAUGUUGGGACAAAGGACAGUCAUCAAAUACUGAAGAUCAGAUUGAUUCGCCAGUUUAAGACUAAACAUCUUCCAGUAUUUGGUUGGAACAAUGGCUGCGAGAUCCUUUAAUAUUCCUGUGAUGAUGUGAUUGUUUCUGUUUUGGAGAUUUCUGCUCAAAAUGACUCAACUAACCAAAAACAAAAGCCAGAAGAGACCAAGCUGACCUGAAGAGAUGUUACUUAAGAUGUAAAUAACAUCUUUUUAAAUCAAUCUGACCUCAAUAUUAUUUAUACUUAAGCACAUUUACACUGGACAUCGAUUAUCAAUUAUUCACACCAUUGUAUAGUUCGAUGCCACUCUAAACGGAACAAACAGGAACUUCUAUCACAAUCAAUGUGCCAGUUAAUUUUACGAUUAAAUCAAUUAUUGAGUCUGUAAAUAGUCAAAAAGCCAGCUCUCUGGACUCGCUGAAGAGUUGAAGAAGAAGACGAUUAAUGAAUCCACUAAUCGUUUCGUUACACGCACAUGAGGAGUUUGAUGUCUGAGUAUCUGGUAGCACAGUGAGAGCAGAGCAUGCUGGGAGUUUGUCCUGCAGUCAGCUGCUCUUUGCUCUGAAAGCUGCUGAUCCUCUUACUGUAAACGAAUCAGCAGAAUGAGCUGUCAUGGAGCAGAUUUACAGACGGAUUCACCUCCGAAGACUCAAAGACGAGUUCAGCAGCCGCCUGCAGGCUGGAGGAGGAAACACGAACCACGGCCUCUAAAUCUACUUCACGUCUCUGGCGUCCACCACAGAGGAGAGUCCUGCAUUUAAGGACAAGAAUAAUCCUCGACAACCGGAUCCAUCUGCUGCUCGGGCACCAGGCCAGGCCACAAAUUCACUCAGGACAGAAACAGAUCAAUGCAGGUCAAACCAGGACAGCAGGCCAGUCAAGGUGUGACUCAUACCAAACUACAGCGAGUUUUCUCAGGUGUAAAAACCUUCAACUGUCACUCACCUGGUUUUAAUUUGAAGGAUUACAAGUUUCCUCUCAUCCAAACUGUGUUUAAACUGUAGCAUGGUGUUUUCACGUCUUCUCAGGAGACAAACAACGAUGUUUGGAUGCAUCACAACAUGUUAAUAACAUUAUAUUACAGCGUAAGUUGUUGUUAGUUUUGUGCGAAUGGUCUCUUAUUUUGAAGUUCAAAGGAAAUCCCCUGAAUGAUGUGAGUGCUGUAAACAUUUUUACUUUUAUACGAUGAUGUGUAAGAAGAUGAAGAUGGUGGAGGAGAGUCUGACAGGUGAGUAGAGAGACAGCCGGUCGUGAGAAGAGGCCAUUUUGUCCUUAAAGCUGCUAACUGAUAGUCGUACAGUCAGAUCUGAUCUGCAGGUUAGCAUCCACGCUAACAGUUCUUAUAGUGCAAUAGAGAUGCAGCAGAGACGAGUCCUGUAACACACUGUAAGAUCAUUUUAACCAAUCAUGUUUUGUGUUGCCUUAUCAAUAAAGUUUUUGAACAAAUGUUGGGUCUUUAUUCAGUGGAGUCGAGUUUAAAACAGCUCACGCUAACAGAAAGAGAAGCGGGUCAAAAAUCAAAUCAAACUCUGAGGAAUAAACGUGAGUUCUGAGCCUGGACUUAAAAGAGUUGAUGGUGUUUGGACCUGUUGUAGGACCGACCCGUCCCGGUCCACAAGGACCUGCAGCAGUCGAGAGGGAAUGAAGCCGCGUGUGACUUUCUCAAGUUUUCAAAAGAGAAACGUCUCAAUUUCAACUACAGUACGAAGUUAGGAAGAACUGGCUUCACAACAGCGUAACUGUUAACUUAAAAACUUAAGAGUUGCAGCCAGAUGUUGAAUAUUACAGCAACAUUCUUGACACUGGGUUUGACAAAAGGGGACCGACCUGGAUGAGAAUCCCUCAUGAAGUCAGGAGGACCAAAGUCCAGAAAACUUCACACUCAUCUUCAUUCAG